UGUGUCUGCUUGUAGCAGUAUGAGCUUCUCCUCUCUGUACUGGAUAUCACAGGGGACUGUCCUCUGUCCAUGAGGUGUCACUUUCUCCAGGGAUCUCUCUUCUGCUCACCCUGGUCUCUGGAUUUCUUUGGGAGGGCACACUCAUAUACUAUACUCGCUAAGGAGGAUCUGUGGGGUCACAAUCGAAUUUAUUGGGGUUUACACACAUGGAAUUUUAAGUAGACACUGGAUUGUAAUGUAUCUCUGAUGUCCUGGAUCUGGGAUCUCCUGCAGAGAGAUGGGCAAACUUUAUUCCAAACACGCCGCAGUUUGCAAAACCAGAGAGAGCCCUGAAGGUGACAGCUUUGCAGUCAAUGCCUGUUUGGCUCGAAAGGGCAUUGAAGACUGGAUUGCAAAGCAAAAGUCUCCCACUGCCCCCAAUCACAAGGGUGGGUGCAGAUUCGCGCAGAGGGAACCAUCGGGUGAGAUUUGCAAAGAAAACAUUGGCGAUGAACAUUUCCGACUGGAGGUAGGUUUAUCAUCUUUGAAAGGUGAUGGUCUUUUUACCAGCGAUGAAAAGAAAGCAGACACAGACGGACGAGUUAAGAAACAGCUGAAAUUUGAAGAGCUGCAGUGCGAUGUUUCGGUGGAAGAAGACAACAGACAGGAAUGGACCUUCACAUUGUACGAUUUUGAUAACAGUGGAAGAGUUAGUCGAGAGGAUAUAACAAGUUUACUGCAAACAAUAUAUGAAGUAUUUGAUGCAUCAGUGAAUCAUUCCUCAAGUUCCAGCAAAACUUUGCGAGUAAAGCUGUCUGUGGCCCCUGAUGCUACUCUGAAGAAGAGGAAUGCUGUUCUCAACCAAGCAGAAAUGCAGAGUGGAAGACACAGGAGUGAGAGCAAAGUCAACGAAGAUUUGCGGACUUCCGAGAAGAAACAACGUUGUACCGGGAGACAUACCUCAGCUGAGAAUGAAACCGAACAGACAGAAUGUCUCAGACAAUGUGUAGAUGAGAAUAUUGAACGAAGAAACCACUAUUUGGAUCUCGCAGGAAUAGAAAAUUACACCUCGAGAUUUGGCCCAGGCUCCCCUGCUACGGGUGAACAGCAAGAAUCGCAAACCAGAGCUUCUAAUCAGAUGAGGUCUCGUUCACAUGAACCAGAGACCAUCCAUGUACACCAUCGGAGAUCACAGGCUUUAGAUCCUGGCCAUUUCAAUAUGGCUGAUUUUUCUUACUCCAGAAUGCCAGAUGUUCAGCAAAGGCAUCGAGGUCCAGAGUUUGGCAAGCACUCUGUCAGAUCUCCCAAGAUCUCAUCUAAAAAUGCAGCCUUUACAACUAGCCAGCCUGGAAGAACAAGGAACAAACCCAGCCACGCUGUGUCCAUUCCAGUUACUUCCCCGACUGCACUUAUGGGUCAGAGCUACCCCUACCACCCCAUACCACCUCAACAACCUUAUAGGAAGAGCAAGCAAAAGAUGAAGGAAGGUCAUCAGAUGUGCAAAGCUUUCCAGUCUCCUGUGAAUGUGGUAGAGAAAGAGCAUGUAAGGGAUCUGCCCAGCAUGGUAUUGUAUGAAGGUCACGCUGGACACAUGGUACAAAGACACGAGCACCACCACCAUCAUGAACAUCACCACCACUAUCACCAUUUCUACCAAACAUAGAUGAAAAAUGUGCAUCGCAAGCCUGGGCGGACAGUUUGAGCAAUGGGAGCCUUUCAUAUAAAGGAAGGUGUUAUCACUAACAGUAGCUAACUUUGGAAACCUGUUGAUGCCUAACGUAGUAUGCAGUGGAUCUAUAGAAGGAACCCAAGUGCACAUUUUUUUUGGAUACAGUUAUAGAUUUGGAACUCCAAUAAAAGCCACCAAGCACUUCUUUUAAACCAAGACCUAUGGAUGGAUAGAUUUCUAUCAAGUGUUCUAUAUACAUUUGACAAACAAACUUAUUGCACAGGAACCUUUUUCAGGGCAAACAGUUGUGAACAAUUUGGACACCAUAAAAUGUUAAAUACAUUUUACUAAUGGAAAACAAAACCCCCACAAACAGCGUGCUACCUCUAGUAUUAUUCAGACAUUAUUUUCUUUUACUGAUGUAAUCAUCUAUUGGACUUAUAAUUUUCAUAUAGUAUUGUGCUGUAUAUUAAUAACCUAAAAUACCAUCUUAAUGAACACAAAGAAAAGAUAGCUGUAAUUGACAACAUAAUCAUGUUACUGAAGUAAAUAUGCUAAUCUUUGGUUAAUAUUUAUAUAUAUGUAUAUGGCAUUUUAGGGUUUCAAUUUUCUCUUUCUUGUUUCACAUGGAGAUAUUACAAAGUGCUUUAGAAGUUGGCACUUGACUCAAUAUCUCUAUGAAACAUUAAAGAGCUAUUUCUGUACCAUUCACUUAAAGUUGGACCUGCAACAUAUGUAGCUGAAACGUGUCACAAUUCCAUCUGGCAGCCAAACGAUUUAUUUGAAUUAAACCCCCCACCACCUUGAACAUAGAAAAAAAAAAAGACCUCACAUUACUCUCUGAAUACACAUCACGGUUUCCAAAAUCGGAAGGCAACGCCUUGCUAGAUUUCUUGUUUUUUCUUCCUGAUUCAUCUGGAUUUUUUUUUCCUUUUUAAUUUUGUUUUGCUUUUUUUUUUUUUUUUAAAUUUUCACUUUAAAGUUGGCAAGUGCUUAUAUAAUUAUAUAUAUAAAUAUAUUAUCUAUACACUCAGGUACAAAUUUUGUGUUAAAGAAAUCUGUGGUUUAGUUAUGUGUAGCAUUUUUUGUUAUUACUAUUUUAUUUCAAAGAGUUUCUACUUAAUGUAUUAUAACAGAUGGAAUUUUGUGUAAAAAACGCCCUUUUGGGGUUUUUUUCCCCCAGGGCAAUACUCCCUUUUUAAGCUGACAUUGUGAAGGAGCUUGUUUAUCCUUUUUUUUAAAAAAUGUUUUUAUGUUAAAUAUAAUAAAAAUAAACCAGAUGGUAGGGUCGGUUCUUGUUCUAUAGGCUAUUGGUGACACGGGACAAGUUGAUUGUAAGAAGGAAGCAUUAUUUUUUUUUCAGUGAAAAGUGUUAUUUUAAUAAUGGUUUGCUCAUUUUCUCUGAUCACCCGCUCAUUUUAGCUAAAAUAAAUAAAUAAAAAAUAAAGCAAAAAAUAAAAACAUUUGUUCUCACUUGCAGUGUUACAUGGUCAGCAGAAAGUUUUUAGGUAUCAGUACCGCACAGGUACUGAAUGGAUUAAUAUACAACCUAGUGAAACUAUG